UUGCUUUUCAAUACGCUUAAGUUCAUGUAAGAAACAGCAAUCAACGCGAGCCCCAUGAUGCAGCCAGUGGCUUACUUCAAAAAUAUUAAAAGCAAUAAACACUGAAAAUUUGUUUGUGUCUGGGUGUCUGGAUCAAAUGUCAGUUUGCAAUUUAAUGAUCGUGAGUGACAAUGAAAAAUUCUAUGCAACUCCAUCGGGAUAAGUAAAACUUGUUGAGCUAGCUUCUCUAAUUAGUGAGUUAGCAAAGUGCAUCAAAAACAAGCAAAAGAACCCUAUCAAAUUAGUUCAAUAACAAAUUUUAACUCACAAUCACCAUGAAAGCCAUCAGGCUGUAAAUCUCUGAGAAAUAUCUGGGUGUUAAUUUAAGCUGUUCCACAAGACAAGUUCCAACCUCAACACAAGCAAAACUAGAACUGGACUUGGCCUCAUCAUCUGUAAGAGGC